CGGUUUCUCAGUUUUUCGGUUAUUCUGGUUAUUCUUUAACGAGAAGCAGAAGUGAUAGUGUCAAUAGUGUCGUUUUCGGGUCUCGUGGAAAUUCGUUGUGAAAAUUUGCUUAUAAAAUAUAUGGUAAAUGCCCAAAUCUCGGUGUUAAUUAUAAAAAAAUAUUCGCUUCGAUUUGAAACAACUUUCGCAACUGGUGCAAUAAAUGUUGCGUAAAGUAAAAUUGGAAAAGGCCUGUGUAUGUGCGUGCGUACGUGUAUUGUAUUGGCGGUAUAAAAAAACAUAGAAGAAAAAGCUAAAAAGUUAAUGCAUACGAAAAUUGUAAUAUAAAGGCCUAGUGUAUAAAAAAACGCCGACAUUAAAAACGAAGAAGAGUGGAAGAGAACAAGCAGAGAAAAGUUAAGUUUAUUCUGUCUUGGCCAAAAGUAAAAUUGCAACAGCAAUAGCAACGGCGUCGACGUUAACAUAAGCAGAAGCAGCGCCGACAAGCCCAUAAAGACAGUGGCAAAAUUAUGUGCGGCACAAAUGAUUUUUAUUGAGGCCAAAGCUACGAAAUCGUAAUGCUAAAAUAUCAAUCAGUAGUUGUGAAUUAAAAGCAAAUAACAAAUACAUGUAUGCAUAAACACUUGAUGUGAAUCAUAAAUGAAAUUCAUUGAUUAGAGUGAAUUUAAUGCGUAGCAUUGAGUUUGACCGACCCAUUUUGCUAUAAGGCGGCUUAUCGCGUGUGGAAUUUUAGCGCAUAUUUCAUUGUGUUCUCGCAAAACCUAUUUGAACCGCUUCACAAGAGUCAAGUGAUCAGUGCAGUUAUUAAGAUCGUUUAGCAAAAAACAUAUUAAAAGCUUUUGAUGAACGUAUCAACAGCUGCGUUGUGGAGCCAUUGUUAAGCUUGUAAACUUCACUUCUUCACUAAUAAAAAAAUGCGAUUACCAUUGCAGCUUUGUGUUAUAUUUUAAUUUUGAAAAUAGUGCAAAGCGCUACUAAAUCUGCAAAAUUCUCUAUUUAUAAUUUAUAACCAACGUGCAACUUUUUCGAAUAACCGAAAGCCGCGAAAACAAUAAAAAGUGUUUAAUGAAACAAAUAAUUUACUAAGCUAAAAGUGUACACUCAUAUUUGCUAGUAAUAUAUUAUUAUAAUUGUGUAUUUAAGAAUUAAUCAAUUUACGACAGUUUUAUACGCAAACUGCAUAAUUAUCCCAUUAAUAUCAAGUGUAUUAAGAUUCUUUACUUAAAAUUGUCAUAUAAAGUGUUGUCUUCGUGAUUUCAGCGGUUUAAAAAACGAUAAAAUUCAAGAACCGGACAUAUUUCAUAAAGCUCAGCGGCUAUUUUUCUAGCGCUCACAGCGAAGAGCAUCAUUGUUAAAAAAGUUUAUCCGUGCAUAAAUCCUCGAAAAUCUUCUUAAGUCCUUAAGUAGUAACAAGUUUCCUACAACAAUCGAGCCGAGCCGGGCUCUACCCACUCGCACUGUUUGGUAAGUCAACCAUUCAGCCGUAGCUAACAUUCGUCGUUAAGCUGCCAAGUGCCGUUUGCAGAAAGAAAAACGCAAAACAACGCAUCCCAACUACAACCGUUAUAGCUACAAUAACGGUAAACAAGUGCAAAAGUUUGCAUCUUGUAGUUCGGAACAGUGCGUAUUGUUGUUUUUGUAUACAAGUCUGCUGCGACCGAACCUAAUUGAGGAUCCCUAAACUAAAAGGUAACGUAUAGUAUAACCUAAAGGCAUUCGGUUGGAAAAAAAUGGCUUAUUAGAUAAAUUAGUUUUUUGGAUUAUGUGACGAGCUAUUGUCGCCACUUGAAGACAAAUGUUUCGGAGGCUUUGAAUGAAUGCUAUUUGCUCAUCAUUAUCUUUAUCUACAAGAAAUGCCAACCAUAUCCUGGAAAAGCGCCUAAGCGAUCCAAUGUACUGAGCAAAUGAAAUUUCAGUAAAUAACUUUCGCACACAAAUCUGAAAACAGAAAGCACAAAACGUUAUUACAAAUAUAUAUGUAAAUUAAGCGAAACGCCGAAAAUAUCGCACAAAAACUCACACAAAACCCAUUAAUAUAGCACAGCCUACAAGUGUGUUGGUAUGUUGUCGUAGUUGGCUGUUAUACGCAAGGAAAUUAAAUGACGCCAAUCGUUACAGCAACAACAACUACAACCACAAUAAUCAAGCAAACAUAUCGAGACAUUGAAACGCCACUUUCCGUUGGACACACACAAAUGCGGCAAGAGCGUGGAGAACGAGCACAAAUUACAAUAAAUAAAAUAGUAGCAACAACAACAGCGGCAUUAGAGCGCUUUUUGCAUUAGUUGCGUAGCGUCGAAAGAAAGGCGGACAGUGCAGCAGUGCGUGUUUACGCCGAGUGGUCAGUGAGCGACAGGAAGUCCGUGUGAGUGAGAAGAGAGUGUGUUGGUGUGAGUGACCUGGCAUAGCAACAGAGAUUUUUGGCUGAGCACGCUCGGUAAACGAGUAGUACACACACACACAAAUAAACAACCGGAAACGGAAGCACAAGUGUAAACGACAGGCAGCUAUUCCAUAAGUACCGUUAGUUGGCUUUCUGACAGCGCCGCGCAUAUAUAUUUACCAUUCAGCUGAACUAAGUGUGCGUGCCGUGGACAGACUGUCAAUCUCCCGCCGCCCUACAUAUGCGCUUAUAUACUACGUACGCCCAUCUGUCUAUGUAUGUAUGUGUGGCAUUUAUGUGCAGAGGUGUUAUGUAAUCACGCGCCAUUACUGCAGGCGUUAAACUACCAAUAACUGGUGGUGAGCAGAGUCACAAUAAACAUUUUUAUUCAAAACAUAAAAGUCACGACGUUACGGCCAAGCGGCAAACGCGUAAUCAUUUGGUGCGCGUAAUAAUAUUGCCAGGCUUUUAUUAUACAGUCUAAACACACACACACUCACAUAUAAUAGAGCGCGCUCUUACGGCAUUAAAAGCCACAACAGCAACCAUAGUUUGCGGCAAAGUAAGUGCCGGACAAUUAACUCCAACGCCCAGUCAUUGCUGGAGGCGGCGCGACACGUGCAAGCCGCCGCUAAAUAUCCGACAGUGUAGAGAUUUUUUUUCCAGCCGGCCAAAGGAUACAAUAAAAAACCGCCAACCUGGAACUAAUGGAAUUAGAGAAUAUUGUGGCCAAUACGGUCUACUUGAAAGCGAGAGAAGGUGGUUCCGACAGCAACAAAGGCAAGAGCAAGAAAUGGCGCAAAAUACUACAAUUCCCACACAUAUCGCAGUGUAUACACCUCAAAGACAAAUUAGAUAUAAGUUAUGGUUACGUGAUAGACCAACAGCCCAUCGGCCGUACAUUAUUUAGGCAAUUUUGUGAAAGCAAACGGCCGAUCUACUUUCGAUACAUUUCGUUCCUGGAUGAAGUGCAGCGAAUCUCGUUUUUGCUAUCCUCCAAUGCGAAAUUUAGAUACGACGUGGAGUACGAUGAGAAUCGUAUCGCCAUUGCCGUCGAUAUUGGACGACGCUUUUUGGCCAUUGACACGCCAACCGCACUGAAUAACGGCAUUUGCGAUAUUGGCGCUGUCAUACGAACGGCGAAUGAGAAUGCCGUUGAUGACGACGAUGCCACGAACAACACGAGUUCCACCAUUGAAAAUAACACUGCUGCAGCAGAGACUGAAAAUCACAAUAAUACCACCGCCAUUAAUAGCAGCAGCAACAAUCACAAAAAGAACUACGAGCAUCACAAUGGCGAUGAGCACAGCAAUGGCAAUGAGCAACAGAAGCAUGUAUUAGGCGAUGGUAGUGCGACACAUGAUGCCGGUGGCUCUGGUGGUGGCGACAGUGGUGUGGACGCAGGCGAUACAGUUGGUGGCGGCAGCGGUGAAGGCAGCGGCGGUGGGGGAGGCGGGGAUGAUACCGGCGGCGGUGACCUCACCAAAGAGAGCAGCAAUUGCCACUAUAGUCCGGGUGAGGGCAAAUUGAAUCCCGCCACCGGCGAUGAACUGGUGCUGGACGUGCUCAACGAUGAUCUGAUUGCGCGAGUGCGUGACAAGAUCACCAGCGGCAAUAAAGAACUUUUCGAGCCGUGCGUAACUGCUGUGAAGGCAUUCCUGGCCGGUGAACCGUUUCAAGAGUUCGAGACUUCAAUGUAUUUCCAUCGUUAUUUGCAAUGGAAAUGGCUCGAGGCGCAACCCAUCACCUACAAAACGUUUCGCAUGUAUCGCGUACUGGGCAAAGGUGGCUUCGGCGAAGUCUGUGCAUGUCAGGUACGUGCAACUGGUAAAAUGUACGCUUGCAAAAAGCUCGAGAAGAAACGCAUCAAAAAACGCAAGGGCGAAUCUAUGGUGCUCAUAGAGAAACAGAUUUUGCAGAAAAUCAAUUCCCGCUUCGUUGUUAAUUUGGCAUACGCGUACGAAACGAAGGAUGCCCUCUGUCUUGUGCUAACGAUAAUGAAUGGCGGCGACUUGAAAUUCCAUAUCUAUAAUAUGGGUGGUGAUCCGGGCUUCGAAAUGGUGCGCGCACGUUUCUACGCUGCCGAGGUAGUCUGCGGACUGGAACAUCUACACCAACAGGGUAUUGUUUAUCGAGAUUGUAAGCCGGAGAAUAUAUUGCUGGACGAUCACGGGCAUGUGCGAAUAUCAGAUUUAGGUUUAGCCGUUGAAAUACCGGAAGGCGAUUUGGUGCGCGGACGUGUCGGUACAGUGGGUUACAUGGCUCCAGAGGUGAUCGACAAUGAAAAAUACUCAUUCUCACCGGAUUGGUUCAGUUUUGGUUGUUUAUUAUAUGAAAUGAUCGAAGGUCAGGCGCCAUUCCGCAUGCGCAAGGAGAAGGUGAAACGCGAAGAGGUCGAUCGGCGUGUGAAGGAGGACAAUGAAAAGUAUUCUAGCAAAUUUAGUGAUGAGGCUAAAUCAUUAUGCCAACAGCUGCUCGCUAAAUCCAUAAAAGUACGACUUGGCUGUAGAAAUGGGCGCUACGGUGCGCGCGAAGUGAAAUUACAUCCAUUCUUCAAUUGCAUCAACUGGAAACGACUGGAGGCGGGCAUGGUGAAGCCGCCAUUUGUACCAGAUCCACAUGCCGUUUAUGCCAAGGAUGUGCUAGACAUUGAACAAUUCUCCACGGUGAAAGGUGUCAAUAUCGACGACUCCGACACGAACUUCUAUAGCAAAUUUAAUACCGGCUCCGUGUCGAUUUCAUGGCAAACUGAAAUGAUGGAAACAGAAUGCUUCCGCGAACUGAAUGUAUUCGGUGUCGACGACAGUCCAACGCCCGAUUUGUUGAUCAACGCAGUGCCGGAGCCCGAAAAGGCUGGCUGUUUUCCAUUCAGAAGAAAGAAGAAGCAACCGUUGCGCACACAGCCGAUACCCAUUCCCGAACACUUACUAACCACUAGUCACAGCGUUUCCUCGACGACCGUUGAAAGCUGAUAGAAUAAGUAAAUAAGCAACCACAUUAAAUGAUAAUUGUACGCAGGCGCAUUAAAUUACAAACAUAAACACAACACACAUUAAUGGAAUGGUGCAAAGCGAGCGACAAACACAUACACACAUAAAUGCUGGUGUUUUCGAUGUUUAAACUAUAAUGCUACAUACAAAUUAAUUAAUGUAGCGCAUACUACAUACAUACAUAUUAUAUAAGUAAUCAUACACCCCCACUCUCACGCACAAACACACACACAUACAAGCGCUGUAGCGUAUGCAACAAACGACACAAAGGCAUUAAUUACUAUGUACGUACAUAACAUACAUACAUACUAGAUUACUAUGUAUUAAUUAAGCGUAAAUUUUGUAAGCAGUCAUUACAUACAUACAUACUAUGUGUAUAGUGCACAAUACAACAACAAACACACAAAAAUAACUUUAUUGCAUUAUGUAAGCGUGUAGAGAUUUAACAAAUUUUUUGCAAACAUAAUAUUAUUAUGAAACUAUCUAAUUGUAGUUAUAUAAUAUGUAUUCUUUUUGUAUUGUGCAAAGCAAGUGAAAGCAAAAGCAAAAGAAGAAAAGAAAGGAAAAAAAAUGCAUAAACUUUAUUAAAUAAUUGUAGUAUUAAAUGCAGGCAUACAUACAAAUAUAUGUAUGUACAUAUUUACCGCUAACCGUUACGACAUAGCGUUAUAUUUGUAAUGACUACACGUACAUAUUACUUUACGACAAAUUCGACUUUUUUCUGGGUAUCGAACCAAAUUAAUUCUUUUUCCGGGAGCUUGAGUCAUAAGUAAAAGAAAUUGUAUUCUCCGAUUUUCGAAGUUAGCCUGUAAAAUAGAAAUAUUUGAAUUCGAAGUUCGAAAUAAAUAUUUUUUUAAAUAUUAUUAUUAAUUUCGGGAUAUAACUACUAAUAAAUCCAAAAUUUGCAUAUAAACUAUAUUUUUCGCAUAAUUCAAUAGUGUAUUUCACUCUUCGGUCAAGUUUAUGAGCAAUGUGCUAUGAAGCGGCGUCCAAUUUAGAACUUCGAAAAAAUAUAAUUUUAUAUUUCGAAAAAUACUGGACUGUCAUAUAAGUUCCUCGAGAGGGUUUAAAAUACCAUUGAAUUAAGAAGAAAAUUUAGAUUGUAUGCAUAGUUUGGAUUUUUUAGUAGCUAUAUCUUUCAUUAAUAAUAAUUAAAAAAAUAAUAUUUUUUUCGAACUUCAAAAUCAAAUACAUAUUUCGAUUUUGGUGGCUAACUUCGAAAAUCGGAUAAUACAUUUUUUUUACUUACUACGCAAUCUCCCGGAAAAAAUUAGUUUGGUCCAAUACUCAGCCGUGAGUUGUACAGUGUAAUGACUAAUGAAACUAGUAAACAAAAACAAAAAAAAAAAAAAAAA